AUGCUGGCGCUGGGGCAGAUGGACGGCGCGCCCCGGCAGGGCGCCUUCCUGCUGGGCAGCCCGCCGCUGGCCGCCCUGCACAGCAUGGCCGAGAUGAAGGCGCCGCUGUACCCCGCGUACCCCCUGCCCGCCGGGCCCGCCUCCUCCUCCUCUGCCUCCGCCUCGCCCGCCUCUGCCUCGCCCUCGCCGCCGCUCGGCUCCCCCGGCCUCAAGGCGCCCGCCGCCUCCUCCGCAGCCGCCGCGGGCGGGCUCUCGGCGCUGGGCUCGGCCCCGCCGCAGCUCUCCGCCGCCACUCCGCACGGCAUCAACGACAUCCUCAGCCGGCCCUCCAUGCCCCUGCCGGGCUCCGCGCUCGCCUCCGCCUCGCCCUCUGCCUCCUCGGCGGCGCCCGCCGGGCUCCUGGCCGGGCUGCCCCGCUUCGGCAGCCUCAGCCCCCCGCCGCCGCCGCCGCCCGCCCUCUAUUUCAGCCCAGGGGCUGCCGCCGCAGCCGCCGCCGUGGCCGCCGGGCGCUACCCCAAGCCGCUGGCCGAGCUGCCCGGCCGGACGCCCAUCUUCUGGCCGGGGGUGAUGCAGAGUCCGCCCUGGAGGGACGCCCGUCUCGCCUGCGCUCCCCAUCAAGGCUCAAUUUUGCUGGAUAAGGACGGAAAGAGAAAACAUACCAGACCCACUUUUUCUGGCCAGCAGAUUUUCGCCCUGGAAAAGACUUUUGAACAGACGAAGUACCUGGCGGGCCCGGAGCGGGCCCGGCUGGCCUAUUCGCUGGGGAUGACGGAGAGCCAAGUCAAGGUCUGGUUCCAGAACCGGCGGACUAAGUGGCGGAAGAAGCACGCGGCAGAGAUGGCGACGGCGAAGAAGAAGCAGGACUCGGAGACGGAGAGGCUGAAGGGCGCCUCGGAGAAUGAGGAGGAGGACGACGACUACAACAAGCCCUUGGACCCCAACUCGGACGACGAGAAGAUCACGCAGCUGCUGAAGAAACACAAGCCGGGGGGCGGCGGGCUGCUGCUGCACCCCGCCGAGGGGGAGGCCUCCGCCUAGCCCGCUCCGCCCGCCGCCGCUUUCGGAGAUGUACAGAUCUAUUUUUCUAGACUCUACGCGCCCGGGAGGAGGAGGAGAAGGAGAAGCCGAGGGGGAGCAGAGAGGACUGUGGCUGAGCGGCCCCCCGGCGCCGCGUGUUAUUGUAGGGUCGCGCGGAGCGUCGGGGCUGCGCCGCUCCCCGUCCCACUCCCGCUCCCGGUGCCGGCGGUGCGGCGGCCGCCUGUUGCGGCUCUUUGUAAAUAAACCGUGAGUCCCCGCGACCAUAGGCGUUCCUUACUGUGAAUAUUUAAAAUGUAAAAUACCUUCUUUUUUUGUACAGCGGGGGCCGGGGGCGCCUCCUCCCCUCCCGGCCCCCCCCCUCCAUUGCCCGUCCUGCGCUCCGCGCCGCCGGGCGGCACCGGGGCACCCCCCGGAGCCCCGAGGCGGGCGGCAGCGGGGCCGCCGAGCAAAACCGCGCCGCGGCUGCCGCGGGCCCCUCCCUAGGGCCGGAACUGCAGCGGCCCCGAGUGCUAUUUAUUAGUAUUUUUGAAACACUUUCUGUUGCGGUCGUCGUGCAGGGGCGGGGGGUGAGGGCGGGGACAGGGCGAGGGCACAGAGUUUGCUUUCACUUGCAAAAAGUAAGUGAAAGGAGGGGACAGAGUUUUGCUUUCACCGUUUCCAAUCAACCGAGUGUUGAAAAAGUAGCUGGUGGAAAUUGUCACAACCACUUUCAGUCAAAAUAUAAAAUUCAUUUAGUUGCUGUAAUUGAAUUUAAAGUGUGUUUUCUUUUGUAUCAUACGGAAUACUAUAGAAUGUAAAUUGUUUUCCUUUUUUUUUUUUUUUAAGCUAAUAACGAUGGUAUAUCGUGAUAUAGCAUCUUAACAUUUAUUAAUUUAUAUUAAAAAUAAUUCGGUUUGUAAAGAGAAGAAAAGCCCUUUGCAAGACCAGUUAAAUGUAAUGCACUUUCUGUUUAAAAAAAAAAAAAAAGAUAAAUCAAUUAAAC